AUGGAAACCCAAAAGAAGAAGAGGACUGAAGCUGCCGAGAGGGAGGAUGCGGCCAUGGCUUUGCUGGAGGCAGGCCGCUCAGCUAGGAAUAGUGGACAACUCAAGAUCCUCAUCUCAUGGAAACUUGGUCGCCCAUGCCCGUCGAAGAUAUCCACGGUCGCUCAAAGGCAAGCCAAAUGGGAUGAAGUGAAGGAUAUUGUCGUCGCUCCGGUGCAGAGGUGGUCCCCGGAGGAAGAAGCAGAGCUCCAGCGAGUCAAGCAGAAAAUUGACAACAUUACAGUUGAUGACACUCUCCUUGGAAGACAGCGACAGAAGAUGCAAACUGAAGCCUUGUCGACCGUCAAGGCAAUGUCGGCAACUGAACGGGAGCAGUUCCUUCAAAGUCUGGACGAAGGAGACAAUGAAGAAGCGGACAAUGGCGACUCUGUGGAGGUUGUGGAGGGAGGUGGCAGCAGUCAGUGA